AUUCGAUUUCUUCAGUGAAGACGCUGCCAAUUACGACAACAAUGCCACUGGUGACAUAGAUUGGAGCAAUCCAGCAUCGUUCUUCGAUACACUCAAUCCUAAUCUUCCUAAACCAACAUCUUACCCAACUGCGGAUGAGGUCCGCCAAGAAAGCCGUCAAAGAGCGUCUAAAAUCUUAUCCGACUGGGAAACAUUGAAUAAGAUUAUUGAACGUCAUGAAGAACGGAUUCAAAAACGAUGGCGCCAGAAGACCAAGACUAAGCGUCAUCAGAUCCUUCUCUCUGCUUGGCCAAACAUGUCAAAGAUGCACAGGCCAGAUUUUGACGCGUUCAAAAAGGGACGCCGCGAAGAGUCGAGAGAAGCAUACCUGUGGCCUUAUAUCAAUCUCGAAGACCUGGAACAGACAAGACCGUUCCUCCUGCUCCUCAAUGCUCGCUCUCGGCAUCAGCCAUAUUGUUUUGCACACACGGACUUCAACGCUCCACAUCUUGGGCAUGGCACAGGUGCUAUCCGCACUGCUUUUCUCAACCUGCAUACGAUGAUGUUCACUGGUCGGACAACACCAGAAACAUACGGAGAGCUGAUUGCAUUGGACGAUAAUGAUGACGCAUUUCUAUGGCUUCAUCAUUGUAAAGGUUUGCAUCCCGGCCAUGGGCUAUUACUUCUGGAAAUACAGCAGCGGAUCUACGAAUUCCUUUUAGACUGUGCCCGUCAAAUACUUCACGAUAUUCCUGAGGCAGCCUUGAUCAAGGACUUCCCUGUACAGCCUGAGCCCGCGAUUAAAGAUGAAGGGGACUGGCAUUCCCUGGCUGCAGUUGCAGCAGACGCGCCUUAUCGUCUACCCGCGCAGCUCGACUUAGCCUCUCUUGAAGACAUUAUCGAUGCUAAACGCUCGGCUGCGGAGGACCAUCUCCUAGCGUUACGAGAGGACCCCGGAUACUUCGCAGAUGUUGUCAAUGAGUACAAGGAACAUCGCGUCGAAGUUAUCCCAGAUACCAAUGGCAAUCCGCAUCCGACAUUGACACCAUAUAUUCACCCAUUAUUCUGGAACCGAGUGCUCCGAGAUCUUGUGUCUGAAGCUUAUAUGAACCUGGAGGUCUGGUCCACGCUCCAUUCUUUGGUGGCCGACCUGCGUCAGCUACUUUCCAAAUAUCAUGACAGGAUAUCGCCCGAGAGAGAUCUGCCUACGGACCUCUAUGAGGCAUUUGUAGACCUGCAAUAUUUCCUAGAACAGUUUAGUAUUGGUCCAGUCUCCCUGCUCAAAGUAGCAGCUCCAGCCUCCCCUCCAUUGCGAUCACUAUUCGUUCGGCAACCACAGGAGCUGGGCACCUCGAAGAUGAUUGCAAAAACCCGCCACCAGGUUUCAUUGGCCGGCCGAAAGACGCUCAUGGAUGAGCUUGAACGUCUCGUGCAAAUGGACCCCAAAAAGAAGGAGCUCGUCUCGAGUCAAGUUGCCAGCAUCAUUUCAGACUUAGCAGUUAUCUACGAAUGUCUUUAUCAAAUUGAGCUCUACCAACCGUGGGCAAAUACAUUCGAAAAUGGGUUUGUUGAACAGCAAAAUGAAAUUCAGAAAGAAUACAGCAACCUAACCAGCGGUUGGGACAAGUACCUGGUAAGCUUCGAGGGAACCUCUUUAGCCAAACUUGGAUCGCCGGAAGAUGGUCGAUUCCAUUACCCAGCUGAAAGGAGACGAAAUCGUGAAAAUGUCGAACUUAUGAGAUCCGCGGAGAGGAAUCUGGAUGCGUUCUGGCGUGCGGUGCUUACUAGAAUUUCUGGAAACCUCCAGAGGACGCGUGCUUGGGUAGAGCCAGAGAGGCAACCCACCAAAGUGGAAAACUUGGAGAAGAGUCUUGCAGAUCUCCAAUUUGAGCUGGUACGUCGAACUGAGAAGACCAUCGAGCCGGCUACUGCGCCUCUACCCAAGAAGAAGGUCAAAUCUCAAAGAAAGCCGAGUAUAUCCGACAAAACCGUGGAACCACAGCUGCCCGCCGAAAAUCAGUAUGACUUUCAGCCCACCUUCAAAGUGGACAAGCGGUCCUUGAAGGUUUUCUCCACCCUUUUUUUCCAGCCUUCGCAAACCGCUCAGCCGGGAGAGAUCCCGUGGAACGAUUUUCUCCACGCUAUGGGCACCACGGCUUUUACGGUGGAGAAGCUAUACGGCUCCGUCUGGCAGUUCACGCCGAGAAAUCUGGACGUCGAGCGCAGCAUUCAGUUUCAUGAGCCGCAUCCCAUUGCGAAGAUCCCCUUUCGGGUCGCAAGACGGAUUGGAAGGAGGUUGAAUAGAGCUUACGGUUGGCACGGCCAGAUGUUCGCAUUGGCGUAA